GUGUGGUCUUGUUGCUUCCAACGCGAUUCAUAAUCGACAUAUAAUAAAUAAAUUUUUAAAAAAACGCGAUUCAUAAUUGGGGCGUCGCAGCGCCCGCCAUUUCUUCACCUUGGAUCAAAAAAAUUCAGAACCACUGAAGAUCUAAGUUGCUUAAUUAGGGUUAGGGUUUCCAGCAACCUCUAUAUUGAACGCCUCGAUGAUCGGAUGCCGAGCUAUGAUGCUCCGAUUUGGGAACGCAAGUCUCUGCCUCUGUCUGAAUCGAAAUCUUAUCGGAUCUUGGUCCAGGAUCCGAAGCGAAUCCAUUCGCUCUGCUGUUGGCAAUCCGAGAGGUUUUAAGAUCAGCGGAAGAGGCCAGCUGAACAACAAAUUCAGUUGCGUUUCCAAAAAUUCAUCAGUUGUGACGCCCGAGUCUACAGGUAAAGGAGAAGUUGAUUUGCUCACAGCAUCUGAUGACAAUCAUAGGGGUGUUAUUGUUGAAAUAAAUGACCCCAUGAACCCCAAAGAUUUCGUUUCUUCUUUAAGAGCGUCUAUCUUGAACUGGAGGCAGCAGGGCAAAAGAGGUGUGUGGCUAAAGUUGCCAAUUAAAUCCUCAAAUCUUGUCCAACCUGCUGUUGAGGAAGGAUUUUACUACCACCAUGCAGAGCCAAGUUACUUGAUGCUUGUGUACUGGAUUCCUGCGACUAAAAAUACGUUACCUGUAAAUGCUACCCACAGAGUGGGUGUCGGUGCUAUCGUGAUGAAUGACAGAGGGGAGGUGUUGGCAGUCCAGGAAAGAAGUGGAAAAUUACGUGGCUCAGGUGUGUGGAAGUUUCCUACAGGAGUAGUUGACCAAGGUGAAGAUAUAUUUGCCGGAGCAGUAAGAGAAGUCAAAGAGGAGACAGGUAUUGAUGUGGAAUUUGUGGAAGUGCUUGCAUUCAGGCAAAGCCAUAUGUCAUUUUUUGAGAAGUCCGAUUUAUUUUUUAUAUGCAUGAUGCGCCCUCUAUCAUCCGAAAUUCGAAGGCAAGAAUCAGAAAUUGAGGCAGCCCAGUGGAUGUCAAUUAAGGAAAUGGCAGAACAACCUUUUGCACAGAAGCAUGAGCUGCUGCGUUACAUGAUUAACGUUGGUUUGGCGAAGGCUGAGAAGUCUUACAAUGGAUUCUCACCACGGCGCAUAAAAUCAUCGUUCUCCAACAGGCAAAGCUAUCUGUAUUUAAAUGACAAGAGCCUGGACCAGCCAUCUAGAUCUGACGAUUCAUCUGAAGACAGCUAAGUUUCUUCACACAUUAAACUUCUUUACAACAUCGUAUACGUUCUUUUUCACAAGGGAAAAAUUUGCCAACUAGUUUUGUUGCUGUAUAUUACAUGUGAUGGAUAAUACAGGAUUAAAUUCGUUGAGAUAGUAUGUGAGAAUUAUUGUCAAAAUCAUGCCCGUGUAAUAUGACCCAAGUAUACGUUUAUUUAAGUUAGCUAUUGACUCGUAGCUACUGUUUAUUUCCACAUAUUUAAGUGACUGACCUCUUGUAAUUUGAAUAGAGAAAUAUUGUAGAAAAAUCUUAUCCAUUUACAAACUUUAAA